AGAUGCUCAUGUCUCCCACCAACAAUGGGAGUCGUUGUCGCAAAGGCAGGCGAACGAGUUUAGGUCCAAAAUAAACCCAUAUAAAUUAAUUAUCUUGUACAGAUUUGGACGAGUGUGAAACCUCUCGCUUCGCCAUCCUCUCUGACGAACUCGCACGGUGCUCUUGGAUACUUUUUGUAACACUAGUGUUAAAGACUUCCAAGCGAAAUGUUUACAGUAAGAAAUUCGUUUCGCAGAUCGUCAAGGCUUAUAGAAAAUAUUUGUUGGAAAAAUGGUGACGUGGUGCCUAGAGACUGUAUUUCCACUGGGCCCCAGCAGCAAAAUGGGACCUUCUAUGAAUUCCGUACCUACAGAAUCCUGCCAGAGAAGAACGCUGCCUUCCUCAAGCUGACCAAUGAGAAGAUCCACCUGCGUACUGCUCACUCAGAGCUCCUGGGCUACUGGAGCGUGGAGUACGGAGGCUUGAACCAGGUCUUCCAUAUCUGGAAGUAUGACAGCUAUGCUCAGCGGGCGGGUGUGCGCGCAUCCUUGGCUCAGGACCCCAAAUGGAUUGAGGAGUACAUCUCCAAGGCCAUGCCCAUGCUCAUGUCUCAGGACAACGAGGUCACGUAUCUGGUGCCCUGGAGCAAGGUGGAAAGGCCUCCCAAGGAAGGUGGGGUAUAUGAGUUGGCAUCGUUCCAGAUGAGGCCAGGGGGUCCAGCAGUGUGGGGGGAGGCCUUCCAGGCUGCAGUCAAUACCUACGCUGCUGGGGGACACGCCCACCUGGUAGGGGUCUUUCACAGCGAGUUUGGACAGCUCAACAAAGCCAAUGCCCUGUGGUGGUAUGAGAGUCCGGACCAGCGGGCAGCAGUACGCCACAAAGCCCAUGGGGAUGCCAGGGUGGUGGCAGCCGUGAGGGAGAGUGUGACCUAUCUGGAGUCGCAGACGAACAAACUCAUGUUCCCCUGCCCUUACUCUCCCCUCAAGUGAUCUCACACUGAAACCCAGGAUUGAAGGGACUAAACCUCAACUGCAUCUAAUAUGCUGUCAAUCUGAUAUGUGCCUUACACAGUUGAUAGACCUAAGUAGAGGUUAUAAAAUGUGACUGAGAUUUCUUAUUAAAUCAAUCGACCAAUGGUGAUCAUAUCAUCUAAAUGUGAUGACAGUAGCACUCAAACAAAUAAUUACUUGUAAUUAUGAAUGUUACAUUGAUAUCAAUAUAUAACGGUCACUCAGGACCAAGUUUAAUUAGGACCAUGGCUAUAAUAAUGUUUAUGUCAUUCUAUUGCGGACUGUUCAGUCUUAUAACAAGAUGGCUCUUGUGAAACGCAUUUCUAUGCUGUAAAGAACUGCUUGUUAUGAAAUGCCUCUGUUAAAUCUUAAACAUGUAAUAAGUUACCUCAAGCAGUCUUCUUUCAGUUGCUAUGAAUCAAACAGUAUUAUGUUAGUAAUCAUGGAUUACAUUUAUAUGUAAUAUAAUAUAUGCCAUUUAGUAGACUCUUUUAUCCAAAGCGACUUAGUCAUGUGUGCGACUCAGUCAUGAGUGCAAAGGUUUUGCGUAUGGGUGGUCCCGGGAAUCGAACCCACUACUCUGGCGUUACAAGCGCCAUUCUCUACCAACUGAGCUACGAAGGACCAUACCGUAUUAAUAGGUAUGGAUAAUUGUGUCUUAUUCAUUGUGUACAUUCCACAUGAAUACUUGUCUGGACUAGAAUGCACUUUUCUGUAGCCUUUGUCAAAAGAAGGCUAUGCGAAAAUGUAAGACCAAUAAAGACCUAUUUCAAAAUGAAA